AUGUUGGGGCUCCCAGCUCUUCCUUUGGGGAGACAAUUCCCCAGCCUGAUCCAUCUCUCUGUCAUGAUAUUUUCCCAUGGUAUGCAGCCUAGCUUUUCCCUUUUCUGAACUGGCCCCAGUUGUCCCUUGGCUUUGUCUAUAUGCAGAGCUGCACCUGUUUAAGAUCUGGGUUUAAAUGGAUUCAGGUAACUGGUGUAAACGGCCCUGUGGACACUGCGGGUUGGCUGGAGGCAGGCUUAGGUCUAAGCGUGCAGUUGUACCGUUUACAAAGCUGCCGCGUUCAGUUCUAUCGGUGCAAUUCCCUGGGUAGCCCUUGCCCAGGCGUCGUUACUUGGGCAAACGACCCAGGAACAGGAGGGUUUGUUUGCGUGCCCCAAACCCAUUGAGUUAAACCCGGGGGCAGAGAAGAGCCGCAGAAAUGAUCUGAGGGCUGGAGAAGAUGCCUUGGAGUGAGACGGAGCGUGCUUGGUCUGGCUAGCGUCUCACAAGGGUCACGAGGUGCAGGGGUCAGGGGGUCGACGUGGUUUCCAUCAUACGCAGAGUUUACAGUUUGGCUCAGUGGCUCUUGGCACCCCCCUAUACACACUGCUCCAACGCCCCUGGGGAGGCGAUUGUCCCAGGCACUGAAAGCCUCUCUGAGCCUAGCGGCGAAGCAGAACGAGAACCAGUGACUGGAUGGUACAGCCAGACAUGGUGCAGUUGGAAACAAGGCACCAGUUCUGAGUGGAUUGGGAGGCACUCCCAUGGGAAGCAGUGGGUUCUCACUGAGAUGCGGGUUUGUGCAGGGGGACGCAUGGAAGUCCCUGGCCUGUGAUGUACAGCAGGUCAGACUGCAAGACCGAAUGGUCCCUGGAUCUGUGGGUAGAAGGAUCCCUGGUGGGCAAGUAAAGCAGGCCCAUAGGCGGAGGGACCAUUAGAUCAUCUAGUCAGACCCCAGAAUAACACCUGCAACUUAAAUGGCUCUUAUUGGAAUUAUCCCUCCAAACCCACCGGUAACUCCCUGGGUUUGUGGCUCCCAGACUUCCACAUCUCCCUGCCAGAGGGGCGUCCCCAGCGAGGAGCUGGCCAGCUCUGGGCUGCAGGGGCUUGGAGCUCAGAGUGGGAUACUCAUGGGGGUGUGUCUCUCUUGUUCUUCCCCCCCAAUCACUAACCAGCUGAGUCUCUCUCUAGGCUGUGAAUCGGGACAUCUGGGUCUGUCCUGGCUCUGGGAAGGACUUGGGGUCUAGUGGUUAGAGCAGGGGGGCUGGGUUCUCUUCCUGGCUCUGAGCGGGGAGUGGGGUUAAUGGUCAGAGCAGAAGGGCUCCUGGGUUCUAUUCUGACUCUGUGAGAGGAAUGGGGUCCAGUGGGUCAAAUCAGGAGGGUCUGGGAGAGCCGACUCCUGGGUUCCAUCCCAACUCUGGGAGUGGCGUUGGGUCUAGCGGCUGGAGUAGGCCAUUCCCUCCCACCCCUGCUAACUGGCUCUGUCUCUCCCCACACAGUGGUGCUGACGCAGCGGGUGAAGGUCCGGAAUGAGGUCACGGGCUAUGUGGGCGAUGAGGCCAUGCUGCAAUGCCUCUUCCCCGCCACCAGCCCCGACAUCAAGGUCAGCCAGGUUACCUGGAUGAAGGAGAUGGGGGGCAAGAAGCAGAAUGUGGCUGUCUAUCUCCCGGACCACAAGCCCAACUUCCCCUUGGACAACAGCGGCAGGAUCCGGUUUCUGAACGUCUCCCUGCAGGAUGCCACGCUGAUCAUCCAGCCCUUGCGCAUGAGUGACGAGGGCACCUACGUCUGUGAAUUCGCCACCUACCCUCAUGGCAACGAGGAUGGGGUCACCACGCUCAGCAUCCUGGCCAGGCCCACCAACACGGCGGAGUCGCGGAAGGUGGUGGCAGGUAACACCACGAUCCCAGUGGCCGUCUGCACCUCAGCCAACGGCAAACCCCCUGCCCAGAUCAAGUGGCUCUCCACCCUCCCCGGCAACUUCAAUGCCUCCGAGAUGACCAAUGGAGACGGCACCGUCACCGUCACCAGCCAGUUCAACAUGGUGCCCACGGCGGCAGCAGACCAGCAGCAAAUCACCUGCGUCAUCAGCCAGAGGACACUGGCUGCGCCGGAGAACAUCCCGGUCGUGCUGUCCGUGCUGUACCCCCCCCAAGUCACUAUCGAUGGCUAUGAUGACAACUGGUACGUGAGCCGGAGUGAGGCCGUGCUGAGAUGCGCGGCCAAAGGGAACCCCAAACCCACCCAAUACUCCUGGAGCACCCCCAGUGGGACGCUGCCCCCCACGGUGCAGGUACAGGGUGACCGGCUGGUGGUGCAGUCGGUGGACGUGGCGGUGAACACGACCUUCAUCUGCCAGGUCACUAAUAGCGUGGGGACGACACGGGUUGAGCAGACCGUCCUGGUGCGAGAGCACCCCAUGAAGCUGCAGAGCAGCGCCGGAGCCGUGGCUGGGGGCCUCGUCGGGGGCAUCCUGGCCCUCGCCCUGCUGGGGGCUCUGGUAUUCUUCCUGCUCCGCCGGCGCCGCGCCCGGCCCCCUCUCAAGGGCGUCUAUGACCCCACCACCCGCGUCUUCGGCAAUGGUGCUGCCCCGCCCCCCAACUUAAUCUACCGCCCUGACUCGGAGCUGGACCGGCCCCUCAAGGCCACGCCGGGCGAGGGGGCCCCUGGGGAGCGGCCCGGCCCCUACAGCUACCCCGGCCAGCGGCACGAGGAGGAGGAGGAGGAGCGGCUUGACGAGGUGGGGCCCAUGUUGCGGCUCAGCGCCCACCCUGGGCACGGCGCUUCGAGUGGCUACGAGGAGGACGACAUGGAGUCGCAGCACGACGGGUCCAUCAUCUCCAAGACGGCUGUCUAUGUGUGACCGCCCUGCCCUGGGGGGAGCCGAGACAAUGGGGGGUGAACCCCUCGCGGGCGAGGACAAGAGUGUCUGGGGAGCAGAGAUGGAUUAACUCAGGGGGCUGCGGAAACUCCCAGGGGGCGACAAGCUGCUGGGGGGCCAUGGACGCUGGACUUCUGACGCAUGAUCCCGCCAGCCCCAGGCAGUAGGCGGGUCUCGGCUGCCUGGCCAGGUGGGAGGAGAUGCGCCCUUGUGUCUGGGGAGAGGCUCCGUUGACACCCAUGUGCUGGGAUGGGGACGCUCUGCUCGGGGUGAACACAUGGGGCUGGGGACUCUGGAGUGCCGGGAAGGGGGGCAGGAUGGGGAGAUGACAACCCCCUGCCCCCACAACAGGAAGGUUUGUGCUGAUGCCUUGGUUUUUGUACAAUAGAGUAGUUCCUGAGCCAGGCAUUGGGAGGGGGACUGGGGCUGUGCCGGGGUGCCCCAGCCUGGCUGGAAAUGGGGGAAUGCAGACCCUCCCCCUUUAAAAGCUGACCCACGCAGCUCCCUGGAUUCAAGAUGUGAUUUGCCUGAUUCUGCCCCACCUGGAAUGAGAGCGGGAGAGUCUGUGACUCUCUCUCUGUUUGGGGGGGCUUCCCCGAGGCGCACCCUAUGUCUGUGACCUGCCCAGCUUUGGGGGUGGAUGGCCCUGGGGCGCCCAGUGUGCACGUGCCCUAGGGAGUGCCAUUUCUCCCUUGUCUCCCAGUGUCCAUGUGACACACUGUUUACACCCCCCCCCCAUGCACUGUUCCCCCCACUGUGUCUUACGGUGCCAGCUCCUCCGCCCCCUUGUGUAAAUAUUCUGAGCCCCCCAGAGCGGUUAUUUUCAGAGUGUACUGGUUGCUAUGGCACUGUCACCGUCUGUCUCCAUUUGUGUGUAAUAAAGUCUCUUUGGAACCCAG